UGGGAGAGUGCAGCUGGCCCAACACUGCCAUGCAGACCCUGGAGGUAGGUCUGGUUCCCGUUCCAACGAGGGAGCCGGGACUGACCUGCUGGCUGCGGAGAGGCAGUGGGAUCUUGGCGCAUCUGGUGGCUUUGGGCUUCACCGUCUUUCUGACUGUGCUGUCCCGGCCAGGAACCAGUCUUUUCUCGUGGCACCCUGUAUUCAUGGCCUUGGCGUUCUGCCUCUGCAUGGCUGAGGCCAUCCUACUCUUCUCACCUGAGCACUCCCCAUUCUUCUUCUGCUCCCGCAAGGCUCGGAUCCGGCUCCACUGGGUGGGGCAGACCCUGGCCAUCCUCUGUGCAGCCCUGGGCCUGGGCUUCAUCAUCUCCAGCAGGACUCGCAGUGAACUGCCCCACCUGGUGUCCUGGCACAGCUGGGUAGGAAUGCUGACACUGCUGGCCACUGUCGGUCAGGCACUGUAUGGGCUCUGCCUCCUUUGCCCCCGGACAGCCAGGGUCUCACGGGUGGCUCGCCUCAAGCUCUACCAUCUGACCUGUGGAUUGGUGGUCUACCUGAUGGCUACAGUAACGAUGUUCCUGGGCAUGUAUUCAGUGUGGUUCCAGGCCCAGAUAAAAGGUACAGCCUGGUACCUGUGCCUGGCCCUGCCCCUCUACCCAGCCUUGGUGAUCAUGCACCAGAUCUCCAGCUCCUACUUGCCAAGGAAAAAAAUGGAAAUGUGAGUUCCUGUGAACUCUGAAUCCAAGUGGGGCAAUUGCCUUG